CCAAAAAAUGAAAACUUAGAGACGGUCCGUUCCUCUCCAUAUAUUACGACUUGAAUAUAUAAUUAUAUAUAGUGAGUCCCUUGAAGAGUUGAACAACUAAAAAUCUUAGAGAGAAAACAUAUGAAGUGCGGAAAAAAGACCAAAGUACUUCUAGUUCCAUAUCCAGCACAAGGUCAUGUCACACCAAUGCUUAAACUAGCUUCGUUGCUACUUAAUCAUGGUCUUAAUCCAAUAGUCAUUACUCCAAAUUUCAUCCAGAUUAACUCUAAAGAAGAUGGUAUUUCUAUCAUUUCAAUACCAGAUGGAUUAGAAGAUGGAACCCCUCGCGAUUUUUUCGCGAUAGAAAAUGCAAUGGAGAAUUACAUGCCAUACCAUUUAGAAAAACUUGUUCAAGAAUAUGAGUUUGAUGGAAAAGAAGAAGAUGGAAUUGUGUGUGUGAUUGUUGAUUUGCUUGCUUCUUGGGCUGUUAAAGUUGCUAAUAAGUUUGGUAUUCAAGUUGCUGGAUUUUGGCCAGCCAUGUUAGCUACUUAUAGAUUGAUUGAUUCAAUUCCAGACAUGCUCAAAAAUGGAAUCAUCUCAGAAACAGGUUGUCCAUUGCACAGUGGUCCUAUAUCCAUCUCACUUGGCCAACCUACACUUAGUUCAGAAGAUUUACCAUGGCUUGUUGGAAAUUCAGCUGCAAGAAUUUCAAGAUUCAAGUUCUGGACUAAGACCAUGAAAAGAUCAAGAACCCUAAAAUGGCUCCUCGUAAAUACCUUUCCAGACGAAUGUCACAAUGUGAGAAAUACUAAUAUUUUGAAAACACAAACUGAUCAGUCUCAAGAUUGCCCAAAAAUUCUCCCAAUUGGACCUUUGAAUACUCAUGUAACAAUAAAGAAUGCUAGCUUUUGGGAGGAAGAUUUAAGUUGCUUGGAUUGGCUAAAUAAACAAGUUGCUAAUUCAGUUUUAUACAUUUCUUUUGGGAGUUGGGUUAGUCCAAUUGGAAAAUCAAAAGUAAAUGACUUAGCAUUGGCUCUUGAAUUGUUAAAAAGACCAUUUAUUUGGGUGUUAGGUCCUACAUGGAGAGAAGGUUUACCAAAGAGCUAUUUGGAGAGAACAUCAAAACAAGGGAAAAUUAUGUCAUGGGCACCACAAAUUGAUGUUCUACAACAUGAAUCAGUGGGGUGUUAUCUUACCCAUUGUGGUUGGAAUUCUACAAUGGAAGCGAUACAAUCCAAGACACGCCUGUUAUGUUAUCCAAUUGCAGGUGAUCAAUUUGUUAAUUGCGCUUACAUUGUUCAAAAUUGGCGAAUCGGCAAUAGAAUGGAUGGUUUUGGACUGAAAGAUUUGGAUGAAGGAUUGAAAAGGAUAAUGGAGGAUGAUGAAAUGAGUGAAAGAAUUGCUAGACUAAACGAGAUGACAAUGGGCAAGGUGGCUAGUUCAAGAGCAAUGGCUAACUUGACAACAUUCAUUUGUAAUGUUAGAAUAUGAAAUUUAUGUCGGUAGCAAGUAUCCAAUGGAAUAAUAUAUGUUCUAAUUAAUUGAUAU